AUGGCGAGUGUUGAUGAACCACUGUAUCCAAUAGCAGUAUUAAUAGAUGAGUUGAAAAACGAUGAUAUUCAACUGCGGCUGAAUUCCAUUCGCCGACUAUCUACCAUUGCGCGUGCCCUUGGGGAAGAGAGAACACGGAAGGAAUUGAUCCCAUUUUUGAGUGAGAACAAUGACGACGAUGAUGAGGUUCUUCUCGCUAUGGCGGAAGAGUUGGGCGUGUUUAUUCCUUACGUUGGAGGGGUGGAGCAUGCCCAUGUAUUGCUCCCACCUCUGGAAACACUGUGCGCUGUGGAGGAAACCUGUGUCAGGGACAAAGCUGUGGAGUCUUUGUGCAGAAUCGGAUCGCAGAUGAGGGAAAGUGAUUUGGUUGAUUAUUUUAUUCCUCUUGUGAAGAGGCUGGCAGCUGCCAAUUAUGCCAAGAUGAUAUGCCAAUGGUGUGUCAGGGCUGCUGCGACAAACUUGGGGAAAUUUGCUGCCACCGUUGAAGCCACUCAUCUCAAGACUGACAUCAUGUCCAUGUUUGAGGAUCUUACACAAGAUGACCAAGACUCUGUUCGUUUACUUGCUGUUGAGGGCUGCGCUGCUCUUGGCAAGUUGUUGGAGCCUCAAGAUUGUGUUUCACAUAUUCUCCCCGUAAUUGUCAACUUUUCACAGGAUAAGUCUUGGCGUGUACGUUAUAUGGUUGCUAACCAGUUGUACGAGCUUUGUGAAGCGGUGGGACCUGAGCCUACUAGGACGGAUUUGGUUCCUGCUUAUGUGCGGCUACUUCGAGAUAAUGAGGCAGAAGUACGUAUAGCAGCUGCUGGUAAAGUCACCAAAUUCUGUCGGAUUCUUAACCCUGAACUUGCUAUUCAGCAUAUUCUUCCAUGUGUGAAGGAAUUAUCAUCAGAUUCAUCGCAACAUGUUAGGUCUGCUUUGGCUUCCGUUAUAAUGGGAAUGGCCCCUGUAUUAGGAAAGGAUGCAACAAUUGAACAACUUCUUCCAAUAUUUCUCUCCCUUUUGAAGGAUGAAUUUCCAGAUGUACGCCUUAAUAUUAUUAGCAAGCUCGAUCAAGUCAAUCAGGUUAUUGGAAUUGAUUUACUUUCUCAAUCUUUAUUACCAGCUAUUGUUGAGCUGGCAGAAGACAGGCAUUGGAGGGUUCGACUUGCCAUCAUAGAAUACAUACCUUUAUUGGCUAGUCAAUUGGGUGUAGGAUUUUUCGAUGAUAAGCUGGGUGCCCUUUGCAUGCAGUGGCUACGAGACAAGGUUUACUCUAUCCGAGAUGCUGCGGCUAAUAAUUUGAAACGCCUUGCAGAAGAAUUUGGUCCAGAUUGGGCAAUGCAGCACAUAGUUCCUCAGGUUUUGGACAUGGUAAACAAUCCACAUUAUUUGUACAGGAUGACUGUUCUUUGUGCAAUUUCAUUACUUGCUCCUGUCAUGGGUUCAGAGAUAACUUGUUCGAAAUUGUUGCCUGUGAUUGUUACUGCAUCCAAGGACAGAGUGCCGAAUAUUAAGUUUAAUGUGGCGAAGGUGUUGCAGUCCAUCAUUCCCAUUGUUGAUCAAUCAGUUGUGGAGAAAACCAUCCGCCCCUCUUUGGUAGAGCUUGCUGAGGAUCCUGAUGUUGAUGUCCGGUUUUUCGCCAGUCAAGCACUUCAGUCAAUAGAUCAUGUCAUGAUGUCGAGCUAG